AUGUAUUUAUGGCAACGGAGCGGCCCGGAAUGUCCAAUGGGAGCGCUGAGCCAGGCGGAGUGGGCACGGGCUGGCCAGGCCCCCGGGGAGGGGACGCAGGAUGCGCGAGGGUGUGGAGAGGUGGAAAGGGAUGGAGUCAGCGAGAGUCUGCCCCAGCCGCCCUCUCCAGGCACAGCCGCCGGUGGUGGCCGCUUGCACAAUCCACUGCAGGGCGGCGAGGUCUCCGAGUGCGGCCCUGGAGGCUGCCUGCCAGGACCAAGCGCCCGCGCCUCCGAGCCCGAGCCCGAGCCCGAGCCCGCUCUGCCUCGGCUGGGCUGUGCAUCUCGCUCGAGUGCGACAUCGCCAGGUCCUGAGCCAGCCUCCCAGCCGCCGCUGCUGCUGCGUGGGAUUCCGCUGCUGCUGCCACCGUGUCAGUCUGUGUUGUUGAGCGCCUUCUCGGACCUGCCUCUCUUCCAAGAACGACGACUUAACUCCCGGCAACUGGCUCUUCCCGGCGACGUGUCUACAGCCCCGCCCCCACAGGCCCCGCCUCCCGGCUGCGGCCACGCCCCCGUCCCCGCCCCUCCGCCCUCGCCGGGCGCGGCGCCCCCUAGUGCCGACUGCUGGAGCUGGCGGGCGCUCGCCACACCCCCCUGUUUCUGUCGGCGCACGGCGGGCGCCUAUCCCUUUAAGUGGGACAUACCAAGUCUUUCACGGUUCGGGGCCCUUCCUGAGUCAGCGAUGGCGGCGGUCGACGCUUCCGGGUCCCGAGAAGGAAACGUGGGGCCUGCUGCAGAAGACGUCAAUGUUACCUUUGAAGACCAGCAGAAGAUAAACAAAUUUGCACGGAAUACGAGUAGAAUCUCAGAGCUAAAGGAGGAGAUAGAUGUAAAAAAGAAACAGCUGCAGAAUUUAGAAGACGCUUGCGAUGACAUCAUGCUGGCGGAUGAUGCCUGUCUAAUGAUACCCUACCAAGUGGGUGACGUUUUCAUUAGCCAUUCUCAGGAGGAGACACAAGAAAUGUUAGAAGAAGCAAAGAAAAAUUUGCAAGAAGAAAUCGAUGCCUUAGAAUCCAGAGUGGAAUCCAUCCAGCGGGUGCUAGCAGAUUUGAAAGUUCAGUUAUAUGCAAAAUUCGGGAGCAACAUAAACCUGGAAGCAGAUGAAAGUUAG